AUGGGCUCCUCCAUGGUAGCUCUAGGUCUGUCAGUAUGGCAGGUCAUGCUAGCCAUCAUCAUCGGACGCCUCAUAAUCGCAGCCGUAGCCGUCGCAGUAGGCUUCAUCGGGGCAGAAUGGCACAUUGGAUUUCCAGUCUAUUCGCGCGCGCUGUGGGGAAUGCGCGGAUCCUACAUUCCCAUGGUCCAGCGCAUCAUGUGCGGGAUUGUGGGAAUCGCCGUGCAGUCCUAUCUGGGCGGCAUUUGCAUCACUGCAAUGCUCAGCGCCGUGUUUCCCUCAUUUCAUCGCAUGCAAAACACGCUGCCGCUUUCUGCGAAAAUCACCACGCAACAGCUCGUCGGAUGGGUUGUUUUCAAUCUCCUCUCGGUGCCGUUUCUCUGUGCACGGCUGGAGCGAAAGAGAAUUGUACGCGUGUUUGUAGCGCUGAACAUUUAUUCGUUCUUCACGCUUUUGGCGAUCAUGAUCUGGGCUGUCACUCGCGCGGGUGGUGGCGGACCGCUGUUGUCGCAGGGUCCACUCCCGAACAGUGACGUUGGAUGGGGCAUCCUCAAGGCCAUCACGACUGUCAUCGGAUCCAUUGCAGUGGGACUGAUGAGCCAACCGGACUUUACGCGUUUUGCCCGCACACCAGGAGCCCAGGUUACGGGGCAAUGGACGUCGAUCUUGCUGUUUGGUACGCUUAUGCCGCUUUUUGGGUGCAUCACUGCAUCUGCGACCCAGGCUAUUUACGGACAGCCGAUCUGGAAUCCGACAGAGAUAGCCCUACGAUGGCUGAUGGACGACUACUCGGCAAAAACGCGUGCUGCCAGCUUCUUCGUUGGGUUUGGUCUGAUGGCCUGUCAGUUAGUGGUCAAUACUUUCGAAAACGGAUUCAGCACUGGAAUGGACCUUGCCGCUCUUGCGCCCAGAUAUCUCAACAUUCGACGCGGAGCCCUUCUCGCAUUGGCGGUGGCCUGUGGCGCGUGUCCGUGGCAGCUCCUGACAAGUGCAUCCGUCUUUUUGAAUGUCGUUUCUUCAUACACCAUCAUCAUUGGUCCAAUCCUAGGAAUUCAGAUCUGCGACUAUUUUGUUCUGCGACGUCGUCGCCUCCAGUUAUCUGCACUCUACAACGCCGACCCACAGGCGCCAUAUUGGUACACGCACGGCUUCAAUUGGCGAGCCAUCUUCGCGUGGGUGGUGACUUGGGCACCUCAAUUGCCGGGUUUCAUCAACGCCAUCAACCCAAGCAUUCGUGUAACGUUUGGGGCGGCGAAGCUCUUUGAUCUGUCAUUCUUGUUCGGCGGUGCGACUGGAUUUCUGAUCUAUCUCGCCGUCAACCUUGCAUUUCCGCCUUCAAACCUAGGACAGAUUGAUGAGGCUGAUGUGUUCAACAUAUUCACUGAGCAAGAAGCCCAGACACAUGGUAUGAAAGCUGGUAUGCGAAGCAAAGUCACGGAAGUACCCUAG